AUGGUUUACUCAGGUUCAACAGUGGGAGAAAACAAAAAAAUAUGUGAGAAGGAUACCGAUUUUUGUUACAACGCUACCGCCGAGGUCACCUCAUUUAGCACUAUACAGAAAGUAGGCUGCAAUACUUUAGUGUGUCAGUUCAAUGAGGAUAAAUGCUUUCAACGAAACAUUACCGGCAUUCCAAUGACGUUCUGUUGCUGCAGAGAUCGCGACUUAUGCAAUCGAGGAAAUGAGGGUGUAAGUUAA